CCCAGGACAAUGGCUGUCGCUCAUGAUGUGGAGAUGGAGAACGUGAAUCUGAAUAUGGAGAGAGAGGGGAAAGAAGAGCUAGAAGAGAAAAUGAGAGAGGAUGAGGAAUGUAAAGAUCCCCCCAAGAGCAGAAAGGUCCACAGAAUUGUCUCAAAGUGGAUGCUUCCUGAACCAGCUCGGAGAACAUACCUGGAGAGAGCCAACUGUCUCCCGCCGCCCCUGUUCAUCAUCUCUAUCAGCCUGGCCGAGCUGGCUGUGUUUAUUUACUAUGCUGUGUGGAAGCCUCAGAAACAGUGGAUCACCUUGGACACAGGGAUCUUGGAAAGCCCCUUUACCUAUCGUCCCGAAAAGAGGGAGGAAGCCUGGAGGUUUAUCUCCUACAUGCUCGUCCAUGCUGGAGUUCAACACAUCGUGGGGAACCUUCUCAUGCAGCUUGUCUUGGGUAUUCCCUUGGAAAUGGUCCACAAGGGCCUCCGCGUGGGGCUUGUGUACCUGGCAGGAGUGCUUGCAGGUUCCCUUGCCAGCUCCAUUUUCGACCCCCUCAAGUCUCUUGUGGGUGCUUCAGGAGGAGUCUACGCUCUGAUGGGAGGCUAUUUUAUGAAUGUUCUAGUGAAUUUCAGAGAAAUGAUUCCUGCCUUUGGAAUUGUCAGGCUGCUGAUCAUCAUCCUGAUAGUUGGGUCGGAUAUGGGAUUUGCUCUCUACAGAAGGUUCUUUGUCCCAGCAAAUGGGUCUCCGGUGUCCUUUGCAGCUCACAUUGCGGGUGGAUUUGCUGGGAUGUCCAUAGGCUACACGGUGUUCAGCUGUUUCGACAAGGCACUGCUCAAAGACCCCAGGUUCUGGAUUGCAAUUGCUGCCUAUUUUGCUUGUGUCUUAUUUGCUGUGUUUUUCAACAUCUUCCUCUCCCCGGCAAACUGACCUGCCUCUAAUAUAAGCCAAUUAAUAAAAAGAGCCAUGGGCUGGAGA